CUGAGCCAUUAUAGAACUCCUUCUUCGUCACUUCAUUUCUAUUUUGCAAAGUAAAAAAUUUAUUAGAAAGAAAUUAUCUUGAAACCAUUCUCAUCUGCACAACCGGGAGAACUGUGCAUUAAAAUGAAACGCCGGUUGCAAUUAUUCGAUAGCUGAGUAGGUAGAGUGAAAAAAUUGUCAAGUGUUAUAACCCAACCUCAACGUUCCGACGAUCUUUGAGACACGUUGGAUCUGUCACUUUCUUUUCGAUUUGUUUUUAUGUUAUUUUAAAUCUUCAGUUGUUUAGCAUGGGCUUCAAGAUUUGUUCAGUAUAGGCUAAUAGUUGAUUAAUGAUUAAAUUGUGUUACCGUGGUUACACAUUGACACCUGGCAUUACAGUCAUUUUACCUACCUCAAGCUGUUAGUAGAGACGUAAAAAAAUCAUUUUCAAACACCGAAAAUGGAUAGAAUCAACGAAAUAGCCCAGAACGAUUCAUCAAGUUUUUCGGAAGAUCGUGAUAUAAACAAAAAGAGAACCAACUACUUAGAAUGGGACGAAUACUUUAUGGCUACUGCAUUCCUUGCGGCAAAACGAAGCAAAGACCCUUGUACCCAAGUAGGUGUUUGUAUCGUUAACAAAGAACAUAAAAUUGUCGGUGUGGGGUACAAUGGGAUGCCAAUUGGAUGUAGUGACGAUGAAUUUCCAUGGGACAAGAGCAGUAACGAUAAACUAGAAACAAAGUAUCUUUACGUUUGUCAUGCUGAAAUGAAUGCAAUUCUAAAUAAAAAUUCGGCAGAUGUUAAAGAUUGCACGAUGUAUGUGGGAUUGUUUCCGUGCAACGAAUGUGCAAAAAUAAUUAUUCAGUCUGGUAUAAAAUCUGUUGUGUACAUGUCUGACAAGCAUUCUCAGAAAAAGACAACCAUUGCUGCCAAAAAAAUGUUUGAUGCAUGCGGCGUCUCCUAUAGACAAUACAUACCUCAGAAUAUGACAAUAGUAAUCGACUUCAGUGAAAUCAACUGGAAUGAGAUGACUCAGCUGCCGCCAACGCCGGUGAAAAGUUCUUCAACCGAGUGAUCAUUAACGUGUUACAAACAUAAUUUUCUUUAUAAACAGAUUUUAUUUUAUCAUCUUAUUUUCUUUUGACAUUUUGUGUGUUGACCCUUUUCAAGUAGUAUUUAAUUAACCACUGGAUAGCGGUAUUUAAAAAAGUGCGUCUUGUGAUAUUGCUGGUAAUUCUUAUCCUCAAAAGGGAUCAACUCCUGGUAUUUACAUAUAAAAUAUGAUUAAGUAUAGGUACAAAUGCAGAAAUAGACAGAAAGUGGUUUCUCUCUUCUUUCGGGACUGUACAGCGUUGUCAAUUUCACUCUUAAAUUCACGAAAAAUGGGGUUUUAGCAAAUAAAUAAUAUGAUUAAGAUAUUUUACUAGAAAAUGUAACAACUUGGUAAUAAUACAUGGAUAAUAUUAUCGUAUAACAACACAAGUGUAGCUCCGAUUUAAAUAUUAUACAAAUCUAAACGCUUUUAGGUAUUAAUGAUUCUACUCAGAACUAAAUACAUUUCGCCUGUUGAUUAAAUUAGACCUGGAUAAUUACAUAAAAGCUUUUUGGGUGGCGACCCAGUAAAUCGUGCUUUGUCCAUAUGAAAAGCAGGCCAGCUUAUGUAAAAUUUAAAUGUUUAAUUUACGAUAAAGCAGAGCAAAAUCAUUUGUGAUAUUAGGUUUGAAAAAGUAUCAUUUGUGUCGAUCGACCCGUCUCACUCACGUCAGAAGUCACUCAAAGCUCCACAUAACUCGAUUCAACGAUAGAAAAGGCUUAUUACAAGUCUGGUAGACCAGUAUCCGCCAUUCAAAGUUGUUGAAAUUUUGUUGACAUACGCAAUUACGUAUGCAUUCAGUUUUUCUUCCACUAAUAUAACAAAAAAAAGAAUACGUUACACUAUUAUUUAGAUAAUGAAUAUCUACGUUCGGUUCCGCAUUAAAGUGACAAAAUAAAUACCUGAGUCUAGAUUAGCUUUGUGAUUUGCUUCAACGUAGGUAAAAGAUGAAGUGAAGAUAAAACAAAUGUUUUAAGUUGA